CGCAAAGCCAGGGACAGUCAGCUGUCUUCAUCCAUCUCGCCCACCAUUUCCGUCUCCAACGUCGCAUUCAGUUUCGCGAAAAGGGAAGCGACCACCUAGUACACUCAAAAGCAAUCAACCGGUAUUCCAACUGCCGCAUGAGUGGCUUGUGUUGAUCAGCGUUCCGUACCGAUCAUCAUGGAUCAACCAAGCGCUGGCGAGCGUCCUGACAGAUCCCCACCCCCGGCACCAGAGACUAGGAACCUUCCUAGAGACGACAGGUCGUUUCGUAUCCGUGGUGUACCGAUUAGCUGGGAAUUGAAGGAUUUGAAGUCCUUCCUGGAAGACCACCAGAGCUCUGCGGGCCCAAAUGUUAGGUCCCUCGCCCGCGAGGUGCAUGGCCGUACCAAAACUGCCACGGUGACCUUCCGGAACGUUCUGCCAUUCCAAACUCUUCACAAAGAUGAGAUCUGGCGCCUUUGGCUACCAGAUGAGCAUCAAUCGCCUCGGAAUCCAUACCUAGCGGUCGAAGAUGGCUUCCUUGGUAUCACUACCCUCUACUCCCCGCCGCCAGAGGGCCACGAGGUCGAUAUCAUAGCAAUAUCCGGCCUCGGCGGACAUGCUUUUGGUUCAUUCAAAGAGCGAGGCGGAGCGUUCAUGUGGCUACGAGAUGCUCUACCGUUUGAUAUCCCCACGGCGCGGACGAUGAUCUACGGCUACGAAUCGACUGUGGUACAGAGCGAGAACAUACAGAACUUGGAGGAUCUUGCAACUUCUUUUUGCAACAGCCUACUUGCACUACUUGAUGGGCCAACUAUGAGGCCAAUUCUCUUCAUUGCCCAUAGUCUGGGAGGGUUGAUUGUCAAGGAGGCCCUGAUCAUAUUGUCGAAGUCUAACAGAGAGGACCAUACACGACUUAAUCGGGCCGUGUACGGAAUUGCCUUCUUUGGAGUUCCACAUGACGGCAUGGAUAUUAGCUCACUUAUCCCGAUGGUUGGAGACAGUCCGAAUCGAUUCCUUGUCGAAUCUCUCAGUCGCAUCAAUUCUCAAAUUCUCAGCACCCAGCAUCGAGAAUUCCACACUGCACUGGGUAGACAGGGUAACUCUGAAGUCAUAUGCUUCUACGAAACACUCCAGUCACCAACAGCGCAGAAGGAUCAACAUGGCAACUGGAAAAUGGAGGGGCCGAAAGCAGUCCUCGUCACCAAGUCUUCAGCUACACACUGCCGUUCCUGGGAAAAUGGCCCAGAGCAUAUUUGUGCCAUCGCCCGUACGCACUCUAACAUAGUCAAGUUUGGGCCUCAGGACCAUGAAUAUGACAAAGCGUGUGAAAGCCUCAGGGGGCUCGCAACAAGAGCGCUGGCGGCACAGAAUCCUAUGUCAAAGACCUCGCCGAAUAACCAUCUACAGCCAGAGACUGUGGAUGCCGAGGAAGUGAUAUCACCCCGUUGCAGGACAUCCUCGGAUGCAGCACCUUCAGCCCGUAAAUCAUGCUUCUGUGUUCCAUUAUCUACGAACAAACGGUUUGUGGGACGCGACGGAAUCCUCCAGACUCUCCAAGAAAGUCUCUUCAGCUCUCAUACACACCAAAGAGUUGCGCUCGUGGGACUGGGCGGUAUUGGCAAAACCCAGGUUGCUCUGCAACUAGCGUAUUGGGUCAAAGAAACCAAGCCUGAUUGCUCGGUUUUUUGGGUCCCGGCGUUCAGCCAUGCCAGCUUCGAGCAGGCGCACACGGAUAUUAUGAAAGAGGUUGGGAUACCUCGUGUCAACGAGGAAGAUUCGAGAGAAUCAGUUCAGCGGCAUCUCAACUCGAAGGAUGCGGGAAAGUGGUUUCUUAUUAUCGAUAAUGCCGAUGAUAUUGAUGUUCUCUUCAAGUCUUCAGGGCAAUCAGGGAGUAUGUACGACUACCUCCCAAACAGCGACGAAGGCCGGAUUCUUUUCACAACGCGCACUCGGAAAGUAGCGGUUUCAGUUGCAGGUAACGACUUAUUUGAGCUGCCAGAGAUGAGCGAAGAAGAAGCAAAGAGUUACCUGGGGAAGUCUCUGGUCGAGAGAGACCUCCUUAGGGAUGAACAAGUUGUGGCCGACUUUCUCCGAGAGCUUACGUAUCUCCCGUUAGCGAUCACGCAGGCGGUGGCUUACCUAAAUACCAACCAAGUCACCAUCGCAGACUACCUCCGACUCUUCAAAAAGACCAACCAAGAUAGGAUUGAGUUAAUGAGCAGCAACUUUCGAGACAGCACUCGAUACAGAGACACACAAGAUGCAGUGACCACCACGUGGCAUAUAUCAUUCCGUCAAAUUGGUACAACCGACGAGUCUGCGAUAAAACUGCUGCUAUUUAUAGCAUGUCUGGAACCAAGGGCUAUACCUCGAUCUAUCCUACCCGAUGUUGGAUCGGAACAAAAGCUGAUGCAAGCAAUCGGUACCCUUUGCGGAUAUAGCUUUCUAGCUAGAAGAGAGGACGGCUAUAUGUUCGACAUGCAUAGGCUGGUCUAUCUGGCUACGCAGUUGUGGAUUGAAGAACAGGGAAUUGCGGAAAAGGUCCAGUGGGAUGCAAUUAAGCAUCUGAAGAUGGUAUUUCCAGAUGACGAAUGGGAGAAACGCGAGGUGUGGCAGCAAUUUCUACCACAUGCACUCAAUUUGCUUCGAGUAAGCGUAGAAAUUGAAGAGGAGGAAUUUGCCAACCUAGGCUUCUGGCGGAAGCAGUCCAGCUGCUUGAAGAGGUAG